UCUAUCUUCCUCUAUUUUUAGAAUGGGGGGUCUUGGUUAAGAUGCUUGCAUUAACAGAGUCUGUCAGUUGUUUCCCUGUGAUCCUCCAGAGGACAGGCUUUUCAUAACACAAGUGUCCUGAGGGGACAACUGGGUCCAGAUCCUCCGACUAAAUUAGCUCCAAAGCUCUCCUGCAGUCUGCUGUUGAUACUAAACUCAGAGUUGUGUUCCUAAGUGGAGGUAUUAUUUUCAAAGACAGGGCAUGACAUUCAGCAUCAGAGAAGGUUUUGCUGUUAUGGAUAAAAAUAGAUUUUUCCUUUCACUUUUUUUCAAUUCUAAAAAGCAAAAUGUUAUGUUUUCUCCAAGGUUUUGAAGCUCCUAAAACAUCAAGAUGUCAGAGAAAAAGAUGUCUUCAAGUCGGAGGCAUCAGCUGAAGAGUUUGAUGCUGUCCAUUGCCAAAGGCUUACUUGAGGAGGAAGACCGAGAGCGAGAGGAGGAGAGAGAGAGGUACAUGGAUGAGUGCUGCCCCCCCCUGUCUGUGCCUCGAACUCUGCAGGAGCUCCAGGAACUUUGUCGGGAGAUCCACCACAAGAUUGAUGUGACUGAUGAGGAACGAUACGAUCUGGAGACGAAAGUCAACAAGGCCAAUAAAGAGAUAAAUGAUCUGAAGAUCAAAGUUCAGGACCUGAUGGGCAAGUUCAAGAAGCCAGUCCUGAAGAAAGUUCGCAUGUCUGCAGAUGCUAUGCUGAAAGCUCUGCUGGGGUCCAAACAUACAGUCAAUCUGGACCUGAGGGCCAACCUGAAGCAGGUGAAGAAGGAGGCCAAAGAAGAGGAUAAGGAACUUCGUGAUGUUGGGGACUGGCGCAAAAACAUUGAAGACAAAUCUGGAAUGGACGGGAGGAAGAAGAUGUUUGAGGCUGAGACUUAAAAUGUUUCUGGAUGUUUUCUGAUUGGUUCAGAUUGUUUUAUUUUCCAGAGGCUGUGUGAUUCAAACCCAAUAAAGAAUCUAAACAAACUCAUGUUUGUUUGUUUGUCUUAUCCAAUAGUAAAUAUCAGGUUUUAUUGUUAUGAGAGCAAUCUAUAGUCUUGGUUCAUGUUUGUAUCACAAACUCAGAAGAUAAGUUGGCUCCUGGUGUCAGAAAGAGGCAGAAUACUGCUGGGAGUGAUUAUUGAUGGGGACCAGCUGUGGGGCUCCUGGGAGUGACAGCAGGGGCUGAUGGGAAGUGAACUGUGGAGAACUGGAAGGUGAACUCUGGAGAUAGUUCCUGCUGAAGGCCAGAGGGGGAGCCAGGGGAUGGAUUCAUGACCCCUUCAGCCAUAACUGCAGUGACAGGGGUCUAGAGGGGAGGAGAUCUAAAGUAGCUUAUACAAGUUUCAAUGCGUUCUGCCCCUUGUGCUCUCUUAUGGGAUCCAGAUAUUGACAAAGGUGGACAAAACUUCCUGUCUGUCAUCGGACACCAGUAAAGAUCGACAAUCAGUGGAAAAAAAGUUCAGGGCACUGUCUUGUGGGGUACAGAUGACCCCACUUUUAAUGUAAACACGCCUGGGAGAGCGGAAGGGUUAAAGAGCUGAGUCCUUCCAAAGCUGUGUGAGAGCAUCGAUGGCACUAGGAGUAGUAAAUCUUACUAAUUUGUCAUUCAUUGACUAUUUUCCUACUGUUUUUUGGACAAAAUGUCUUGACGCCGCCAACAAGUGCAUGCUUCUGUAUGGAAACAUGCACU